AUGGAGAAUAAAUCUUACAAGUGCGAUGUAUGCGACAAGUCGUUCUCUAUAAGCAGCAAUUUGACAGCACAUCGACGCACACACACUGGCGAAAAACCGUACGCGUGCAAUGUAUGCGACAAGUCGUUCUCUGGAAGCGACAGUUUAACGAAACAUGUACGCACACACACUGGCGAAAAACCGUACGCGUGCGAUGUAUGCGACAAGUCGUUCUCUGUAAGCGACAGUUUAACGAAACAUGUACGCACACACACUGGCGAAAAACCGUACGCGUGCAAUAUAUGCGACAAGUCGUUCUCUGUAAGCAACAGUUUGACAAGACAUCGACGCACACACACUGGCGAAAAACCGUACGCGUGCGAUGUAUGCGAAAAGUCGUUCUCUCAAAGUUGCAAUUUGACGAAUCAUCGACGCACACACACUGGCAAAAAACCGUACGCGUGCGAUGUAUGCGAUAAGUCGUUCUCUCAAAGUUGCAAUUUGAUGGUACACAAGCUGACGCACAUGGCUCACUGA